UUGUUUCCUCGAAUCCGGACAUCGCAACUCUAAAAAUAACGACCUUAGAAAAAAGUUAUACUUAUAUAGCUUGAUUCCUGCAUUUACAUAGAAACUUUGGUAUAUCGAGAUAGUCGAGGGAUAAUCAUGACAAUUGUGAACCAGACGUUGGCCGGGCCUAGCUACGAAGUUGGAUAACAAAACAUUACGCUAAGAAAUCUGAAAAUACCAUUGUAAAGAAUCUGGAACAUUACCAUGGCAAAUCAAGGAUAUGGAUAUGACUAUAACAGUCGUGUGCCACUCCGGUCUCCGCUACCAAGGAAAGGUAGCUCAUCUUAUCCUGAUAACACAUUCAUGGAUCAGAGAAUAGUUGAUCUUCACUACAAACUAGAGCAAAAAAUUGAAAAUGAUUCCAAGAACAGGACGAUUAGAGUUGUGUUAGUCAUGAUGUUCGAGACUCUGUGUUUGGAAAUUAUUCAAUUGGAUUGGAAAGAUUCAAGCUUGAUGUUGGUUUAUAUGAUUGUGCCUGUACCGGAAAUAUUGUUACAAAAUGAAGAGGCAUGUACAGAUACUGUCCAAAUGCGUGCAUUGAAAGAUGCUAUUGGGAUUCUCUUUCGAUAUGGUGUAAACCUAUUAAAACCUGAUGUUACAUCAAGCUCAACUUGGAGAGUGAUCAGCUUCGACAAUCCAAUGUACAGCUCAAGAGUUUCAAUCCUGAAGGGUCACCAAAAAAUACUAUCUCUCUAUGGGUACACAAAAGAAAUGAGCUAUGGACUGAGCUACCCAGAUGCAUCACUUUCUCCAAAUACUGAAACUGUUGCAAAGGUCGCUGCAGAUUUGGCAAUUGCAUACUUUGAAAUUGAUUUGUACAUUACGGGCAAACAUCCAUUCCCAAGAAGAAUUGGCAAUUGGUUUACGCAAUAUCCCAAUAGGACACAAACGUUCAACUACCCUAAUAAACAUGUUCUCAUCACCCAUCCAAGUCAUGGAAGCUACAGCUCUAAGAAUUCGCUUCCAGAUGAGCCCAUAAUGCAACAGACAAAAAGAAGUGCAGCUAUUUCACAUGUUAAAAGUAGUUACCCAGUGCGCGAACCUGAGGACUUACCUAAAGUUUUGACUGCAAGUGUUGGACAAGAGAAGCAGUCUAGCAUUGAUGAUGUAUCAGGGAAAACCAUAUUGCCACCACCACCAUCCCAAUCAAUGCCAUUUUACAACCAAGUGAAUAUCAAGUUGACAAAAUGCGGUAUCUGCAAGCAGAACCCGGCAAACAUGAGAUGCAAUGUGUGCUCCCAGCCUCGGUGUCAGCGAUGUGAUGAGCUAUGGCACAAACAUCCUCAGAGACAGGGCCACAAACGAGAGCCAAUCAUUCUGGAAGAACUUGGUGAAUAUCCAAAGGCAUCAGAGCCUGCUGCAGACUCCAGAGCACGUGUGCUUCCUGUAGUCAUUGAUAAGGCAGCCAUCAGGAAGGCCCAUCUGCCAGGAGGCAGUGCUGCAAGGACAGAUAACUUAUCUCCUCUUCCAGAAGAACCGUUGUCCAGAAAGACAAAUGGACCAGCCAGGACCAAUGACCCAUCAGACUCGCCACCAUUCCUACAGGGCAAGAAGCUCAUAGCAGAAACUUCUUUGGUGAACUGUGACUUUUGCGGGACAAAGCCAGGAAAGAAGAGAUGCACAUCGUGUGGGGAGACAUACUGCCUGGAAUGCGAUGAUAAGCGACACAGCAAUCAACACAGAAAGAAUCACAUUAGACAGGAUGUAACACAGACUAUUCAACCAGGAAAUUUGCCUAGCAAUCAGGACCUUGGUUCAAUGGUAUCAAGCUACUAUUCAGCCCCUGGGGUAGUUUGUGAUGAUGCCUCUUUCAUCAACAGCGAGGAAGAUCUGGAUCUCAGAGCACCUCCUCGUGACAGGUAUCUUCAGCCAGUGGGAAAGGCCACUGUGGAUUCGGGUGUCCAUACUGAGCUAGGACACAAUACACCCCAAACUAAGGAAUCACCCGGUGAAUUCAUACCUCGUUUACAAGGUGGAGGAAUGGCACCACAGGGUUCAUCUGGAGCUGUUCAAGAAGCCAGGUUCCAAGAAGAACUUGGCAAGAUUACUGCUGAAGACAUUACUACCAUGGAGAAAUUAUUCAGUGUGCGAGGUCUCAGAGAAAGUGAAAUGGAUCCGGGUAAGAAAGCAGCAUUGUUGCGAGAAGAGCAAGAACUCACAAAGAAGCAUGAAGAGUUAGAGAGGAAGUUGAAUGCACUUCAAGGUCAGUCAUCAGUCACUCCUGGCACAAGUCCGCAAGGUGUUCAAAGUGGUGCUGCAGUUGCUGUAGGAUCAGCAGGGGCUGCAAAUACAUUGGUACCUCAAGGUAAGGUUGUUUCCUCUGUGAUUUCAGAAGGCAACACGACUACAUCGGUCAAUCCUGUAGAGAUCAGACAAAAGUUUCCAGAUGCUGCUGAACCACAGGCGCAGAACUCCAGAGACAUUGACCAGGGUGAUCAAGAAGAAGGAUGGACCUGUCAACACUGCACUUUCCUCAACACUAACAUGGAAUCAAACAUCUGUGAAAUGUGUGACAAAACAUCCUUCCCAAAUGCUAAGCUCCAGCAAAAGCAGAAACCAAAGGAAACAAAAUCUGAACACUCAAAUCCUGAAGUGAAGGUCCAACCUCUUACUAAAGCAGAAACUAGGCUAAAGAAUGCAGAGUAUUUUCAGCAGCUAGAGGCUGAGAUGUUGGCUGAGAAACGGCAGGCCAAACAAGAAUUCCACAGCAAACCUGAAAGCUCCCAAACCGAGUUGGCCAUUCAGGAACCAAAGAAAACAGUUGCAAAGUCCAAGCCACUCUCAGAUACCGACCUCCUGGAGAUCGCCCAGGCAAUCCCGACCAGUUACUUCACCAAGCUUGGAAUUGAACUGGGGUUUUCUCACGACGAAUUGAGCAGACUUCAAGUGAAGGAUCCAAGGGGCAUUAUUGGGGGAGCCACCUUUGAAAUGCUGAAGAUGUGGACAGGUGAUGUGAGGGGUCAGGAGCAAAGACCAAAGCUGAAGCAGGUCUUGUUGAAUGCAGGACUACGCACCUAUGUUAAGUUCCUCGACGAAAACAGAUUUAUUCAAGAUGAACCCUUGGUAUCUUCUCCCAGACCAAAGACCAUGGGUGACAUGUCAAUUCGACCAAGCAGAAUGUCCGCGCCCAGUGGAAUGUCUCCUGAUGCAGUCUCUGAUAAAGAACUCAUGCAGCUAGCAAGGAUGAUUCCAGUCUCAAAGACACAUGAGCUUGGGUUCAAUCUUGGGUUCUCAUAUCAGAAAGUACGAUCCCUCAUGCAGUAUAACAGGAUGGAUUCAUAUCAUGCCGUAUGUAAUAUGCUGCAGGAUUGGAAAAUGCGGACCUCAGGUCAGCGCCGAGAGUUGAACAGUGCCCUGAUUCAUUCUGAAUUAGGUGGUCUGACCUUAUCUGAGCCUGUUCCAAUACCAAAUGAUGUAACCAAGCAACGUAGAGGCAUCACAGACAUGGAGUUGCAGGAGUUGGCUGACUCUUUGAAUGCUUCCAAUAUCAGGAAGCUUGGGAUGUAUCUAGGGUUUGGUAUGGCAGCUAUAUCUCGCUACCAGCAGCAAGCGGCCAUGGGGUCACCCCGGGAAGGAACGGUCAAGAUGCUCCAGGACUGGAUAGAACAAAAACCUGAGAUAGACCACAGGGAGUGUCUCGCCAACGUUUUGGACCAAAUCGAUUGUAUGCGCCUUGGAGAGAAGAUCAGGACAUACUCAGAAUAUACUCACCAUUUUGACACCUUUGAAGAGAGCCUACAGCAGCAGUUGUCGCAUGCCACUAGUUUUGGCGAUCUGUCUCAUGUAAAGGAUGAGGUCAAGAUGAAAUAUGAAGAGAAGCGCACAGCGUCGUUAAAACUCAUUGCUGAGCUGAGGGAGGCUGAAUCUCAAGGAAUACUUCCUGGACGCAUCAAGUGCGCCCUCUACAUGAUGGAGGAACAAGGCGAUGACCUUGCUGACCCGAUAGCCUGGAUUGAUGCAAACUGGACAAAUGUUGUCAAUGAUCUUGCACAAAAGGCUACCCAGGAACUCAAGGAAAAUCUUGAAGUGGAUGUCGACAAAAGGAUAAUUGAUCUUGUCCAGUUGAGUGUGGAGUCAGCAGAGAAGUGCCUUGAGGAUUGCUCCGGAAACAUACAGGAAGCUGUCAAAGACUGCACUCAGACGAUACAGGAAAGGAUCCUAGAAAUCCAAGAAGUUGGUUGCUACUCCGUGGAUGACAUUGUUGCCAUUUUGAAGCAGGCCGAUGUUCGGGGUGAUCCUGAGAAGGCCCUUGAUGCCCUCCAGGCCAAGGCAAUGGCUGAGUAUGCAGACAGGGUCUGGAAGCCAAUGCAUGGAGAUGACAAUGAAUACUUCCAACAGGCCAUCAAAAAUGACGAUCGCUCUAUCAGGAUGUUGAUGGUUGAAUAUAACAUGCGCAGCUGGGGCCGCGCCCAGACCGCGGCUAAGCUGAUCAUACGCAAAGAGUUUUCAGUGGACGACGUGGUGACAGCUGCAGAGGAAUGCGGAGAUAUUCGACGUUCAGAAGAGUUCUUGAAGCAGCAAUGUUCUGUUUGCUUUGAUGAUUUACCAAGAAACAAGCUGAUAUCCUUGAUCAAUUGCCAGUGCAUGAUGUGUCGGGAUUGUGUCAUCCAACAUUUUGAGAUCAUUGCCAAGGACCAGAGUAUCAUGAAAGGAAAAUGUCCGACAUGUGACCAACCUGACCUAGAUGAUCCUGCGGUGGCAGCAAAUUAUUUUUCAUUCCUGGAUAUACUUCUACGGGAGAUGCUGACUGCUGAAGUGUUUGAGCUGUUCCAGAGGAAGCUACGGGACUGGAACCUGAUGCAGGAUAAAAAUUUCUGCUGGUGUGCUCAUUGCAAUUCUGGCUUUAUCAACGGAGCACCAGACAGGCGCAAGAUGCGAUGCCCGGAAUGCAACAAACUGACCUGUUUCGUCUGCAGGAAGCAAUGGAUGGAACAGCAUGAGGGAAUCAGUUGUGAGGCCUUCCAGCAAUGGAAGGAGAACAACGACCCUGAUCUACAAGCACAGGGUCUGGCUGCUCAUCUUAAUGAAAACGGCAUUGAGUGCCCUCGUUGUAAGAUGAGGUAUGAGCUGGCCAAGGGAGGAUGUAUGCAUUUUAAAUGUCCACAAUGUACAUUUGAAUUCUGCUGUGGAUGCAAUCAACCAAUCAAAAGAGGAGAAGCUUGUGCCAAGUUUGCUUCCUGUCUCAACAAGGGUCUCCAUGCUCACCAUCCAAGAGACUGUCUGUUCUAUCUCCGGGAUGAGGAAAUCGCUUAUCUCCAAAAUAUUCUUGAAGAUGAAGGAGUGGAGUUCAACAAGGAGCCCCCACAAGGAGCUGACGAGAACGAGGAGGGGAAAUGUGGAGUCCAGGAGCAGAAGGAAGGACCUAAUGGCCUAGAAGAUAAUAAGUGCGGGAGGAAUGUCACACCCGGGAAUGCUGGUCUCUGCAGGAUUCACUACAUUGAGUACCUGGUUGGAUUGAUCAAUGGCAAAAACAUUGAUCCUGCCAAGAAUUUCCCAAUUGCACAGCUAGAGGCCAUUUUGAACCGUGAAGAGAAAGCAGUUCCAAUUAGGCGGCCAGGGGAAGCAGAUCCUGAUUAUAGGAGGCGUCUCUUUCAGGAGGUGCAAACUAAACUUCCUUUGAAAAAAUUAUCCAGAGACAGAGCAAGAUGAAGGAAAGGAAAACAACAUUCUGCAGUGAAGAAAGAGAGAAGCACAAGAAGGGAAAAGAAAAAUGGAAGCAAAGAUGAAGAAAAUAGGUGAUCUUGGAAGUGGAAUGCAACUUUCAUUACACUUUCAAGAUGGCAGGGAGGAGAGAGGAAUAGUGGAAGAGCCCAUGACAUUCCUGUUGGAUUGCUCUAGGAAUGCAUGGAGUGCAUGCACUCUGCAUGCAAAGAUGAAGCUGGAGGAAGGAUUCAUGGACGAUUGUUGGUGAGUUUCAGUGAUGCUGAGGAGAUGGGGAAGAGCUUGGGGACAAUCGGAGGCAGCUGGGGAGUGGUGGUAGGGGUGAUGAAGGCUCGGACUAGAGGGAACAGAGGAGGUUCGUGGGAAGAAGAUGGAGUGGUCUAGAAGCUGUGGAAGUGAUGGGGAUCAGCGGGCUUACAUGUAUAGGGAAGGAAGGGAAGAUUAUUAAUCGUCAGAAGAUGCUAGAUCAUCACUGGAGAAAAAUGGAUGAAAGUACGGGGUUAGGGAGAGCAUGAAAGAUAUUUUUGGAAAAGAGGAGAGUUCCAGAAGGUGCCGGAUUGAGCAGAAUUGAGGAUUGUGAUGUUCAAGGGAUGCACUAGAAAGAUGAAUAACUUUAGAGAAGCUAGAGGAGAAAAAUAUCAUAAGGAACAAAGUCCCCAGAUUCCUGACAUACUGAAUAUAACAUUUUCAUGGAAUUUCUAGCCAAGCACAGAAUUCAAGGAAUUCCAUGGAAACACAAUUUUUCAUACCAAAAAUUUAAUUUUAGAAAAUGCAGUGAAAAUCAAAGCAAAAUCCAAUGCAACAAAAAACUAUGUAUCAGUGUAAAAUCUACCAAUGAAAUCUACAUAUCUAAUGGGUUGUUAGACUUUGUUCACAAAGCUUUAUCUGCAUACUGCUGUGCUUGUUUGUAUAGGCCUAUGAUAGAAAAUUAACAUUAUGCUGAGAUUUCACUUUCUAGGCCUACAAUUACAUUAUCACAUGUUUUGUGAAGGGCACAGAGGUUGCAUUUUAGAACACAGAAAUUUGGGGACUUUAUGCUAAUGGUCUGAGGUGGAUAUGGAGAAUGGGAAUGAUUCCAACAUAAUGGGACUGGAAAAAUGGGGUCA